GCACUCACGCUCGACGCUCACAUAUGCAUUAUACACACACUGCACAGCGACGAUAUCUUGCUGUGCGCGUGCAGAGCUAGAAAGUUAUGCACUUGCUUUGUAGGUUGUUUAUGUAAGGGGUGCAAAUGUAUAUGAAUGAAAUUUUUACUUUUCACUUAUACUGAGGAUUCAACGCAACAAUUCCAUGAUAGUGCCACAUGUCUGCAUUGAACUUUGGUUCCGAAGCUAUACGGCAGCGAAACAUGACCAUUUGUUCAGUGAGAUAUGUGCCCAGAUAAAGUUUGCUGAGGACUAGGUAUUUGUCACGUACAACCCCGCCAGACUGCCGGGGGGAGUGCAGGACGAGGCUGGGAUCACCAAGGGUCGUUGUGCCGCGCAUGGAUGGACGGGCAUGAAGUCAAUUUCCCUGGCCCUGCUUGUACAUGUUGUAUCACAGAUGCGAUUGAGAUAAUCGACGAACUGUUUCCAAGGAAAAGUGAGUUGGAACAGGAAAUAAGUUGCUUGGCUCGCUAGACUGAUUGAUUAGUGGAUUUUUCAUUUUCUGGAAUCGAAUUUAUCGCCGCCCAUUAACCUCUGCCCCGCCUGGUCUGAUCGGAUAUGUGACAGAAUAUAUUCGCAGACUAUAUUCAUGAUAUUGUUGCAGAGUGAAUGGAAACAAAGACAAGUUUCAUGUUCUUGAUCAGUUGAAUACCGCAGCAUAAAUUCUACAGACGUCCUAAAUUGGCCUUGGCUUUUGACAUCGUUCUGAACUCGCUUUCACCAUGGAGGCGCUCUUCUGGACUCUGGUUCUUCUCUCUCAAGUCUUUGGAAUAGUCAGUGUAAUCCUGUUGGCAACAUGGUUAUCAGAAUACGGGGGAGGCUACGACUGGGACUGUGGAAACGGAGUUGGUAGCUUUCAUUAUCUUCUACUUACAAUUGGAAUGGUCUUUCUCUACGCGGAAGGUAUGAUGUCAUUCCGAGUGUGCCAUCGACUUGGUCUGUCCUACAUGGCUGAAAAGGCUAUCCACGCAACGAUACAAUCUAUCGUGAUCGUUUUAGUUGGUAUCGGUGUACAUGCAGCGUUCGUAUGCAAAGAUACACAAGGCCCAGAGAAAGCCGGAAAGGACCUGUAUUCACUUCAUAGUUGGAUGGGUUUGGCAACCAUCAUCGUGUUCUUUGGUCAGUGGAUAUACGGGAUUGUAAUGACAGUGGCCUUACGCAAGCUGGAUCGCUCAUGGCAAGAUUUGCUGCUUCCAAACCAUGCUUUCUUUGGCCUUCUCAUAUUUGCCAUGUCUGUAGGGUCUUGCUUAACAGGAGUCAACGAAAUGGCAAUAUUCUUCGUAGAGAACUACAAUCAAAUCGUGCCUUCGGGCCAUCUCGCCAACGCGUUCGGACUCUGCCUCAUCGCGUUUGCUGCUGUUACGGCUUACGUUACCUAUAAACCGGACUUUCAAAUUCCAGAGAAUAGGCGGCACCCGGAAUGCACCGCGGUACCCACAUCAGAGGGCAUAAUUACUUCCGGUUCAGGAAAAGUCACGCACACGACGGAGCAUGCGCCGCAAAAAUAUGGCGCGACCGAGGAGACGGCUUUUAAAGAGCGGGAUGGAGGAGCAACGGAAGAAGUUUGAAUCUAAAAAAAAAAAAACUACAGCGAUUCAUGUGCACUUCGGACUAUCAUUUGUUUUGCGAUGAAGAUGGACCUACAUUUUUAGGACAUUUCCUCUUCAAAUAACGGUGUACAUUGUUAAUGUAUUUUUCAUGUGCUCAACUUGAGGACUCGGCAGAUCAACAUUAUACCUUGUAUUCAAAAGUGGAUUAUCACCUUAUUGUUUUUUUUUUGUAAAUGUUUUCAUGGAUUGCAGCAUUUGAGAAAAUGGAACUAUAUCCUCAUCGAAAUAAGACACGGAAACGCAUCAUGUAUGACAAUACAACGCUGCAGAUUUAUUACGGAUCAAGUUGCAAAAGAAUGCGAGAUAUAUGUGAUAAUUUAAGUUCGAUUUUCAACCGAGAUAGAAAGUUAUAUUGACUGAAAGGAUAUAGAAAUAUCAGUGAAGGAGAAAAGCUGAAAGUUUGAACGAAAUUGGAAAAAAGUUCAGAGUUUCUUAAAGUUGUAUAAAUUUGAGGUUGCUAUUCUCCUGUACCAGGCAUCACCAUCCGAACAAAUGUGACUGGGUCUACUGUUAGCGCUCUGUCAGGGCUGACGGGGUGUUUUGCAGCCAUGUGUAGACGUUUUCUGGAACGUAGAGAAUCUGUUGUCAAAAGUCCUUUGAACAUGAAAAAGUCUUGGUCGAAAAUCGGUGAAUUAAUACAGCAGUGUCGUUCUCGUUCUUGACUCUGGACAAAUAUUUUUGCAAUUUUUCUUCAGCUCCGAAACUUACGACGAUCAGUUGUCCUGGUUUUUUAGACAAAGACCUCCCAGGUGUUCAAUGUGCUUGGACGGGCAUUUUCAUUAGAUAUACUGCGUUGAAGAAUCCGUCCCCGUUGUAAUAGCGAAACUUUGCUAACAACGUUUCUGUGCGGCCCUUACUAAGCAUUGGCGGCGCUGACGUUGACAUGAGAAUUUUGUUUGUACAGAAUCCUAUGGGAGAGGUUCUUCUCUUCCCUCCAAGAGGGACCAAAAACCUCAAGAAAUCGUGUCGCAUGCCCCUGGACAGGGGCCGCGGAAGCGGGGGGGGGGGGGGGCUUCAGCCCCCCCCCCCACUUUUUUUCCAAAACCGUGUACAAAAACGUAAAAAUGACGAUAUGAUUGUGAUUUUAUGCAUGGUCAGCCCCCCCCACUUUGAAAACCGUUCCGUGGUCCCUGCUGGAGAUUCAAAGUUGGCUAAACAGUGUAAUACCAAUAAAGACAGUCGAUUCUUCUUCUUCAUAUAUUUCAUUGUGAAAAUUUGAUACUAAUUAUUGUUUAGACUAUUAUCAUGAUUGUGAAUAUUAUUGUCAUCUGGGCACCGUAGCAGGAAGUUUUCAGCAUUGACUAAAUUGUAAGGUCCGACAAUAUCACUGAAAUCCUUGGUUUUGAUUGGCUGAGAAGCACCCAUUUGCUUAUAAUUUAGUAAAGAACCUUUUGUUUCAGGGAAUAAAAUGCCCCUCCCCCACACAAAAUCACUCUUGAAAAGCGUAACGUCACGUUUGUUUGCCCGUAGAAGCGUGGGGGACCAAUUAUCACGAAACAGUGUUAGAACUGACAAUUUGGCAUUAUCUGACAUUUGUUCUUCUCAGCAGAUCAAAACCAAGGAUGUCAGAUAUGAAAUCUAACGAUGUCAAAGGGUGUCGGUUACUUGGGUUUAUACUGCCGGAUAAUGUCAGUGUCAAGGAUAACAAAUUCAUUGUAACGGUGCUAACAAUUAUCAAUUUUUGUUCAUUUCGUAGUAUUAUGAUCAGUAUUAAGACCUAGUUAUUUCCCGUUGUCUUUGUUACAAAAAAGAUGAAUUCCGACCAGUAAAUGUUAUCAGUAUCAAG